AUGAUGAGUGAUGCAAACAAAAGACAGCUAAGAACGAGAAGAAAAAAAACUAUGAAUUCAUUAUAUUAUAAUAGUGAUUAUAGUAAUGAUAUAAGUAUAGAAGAUUCUAAAAGUAGAUUAAGUGGUGGCAAGAAAAGUGAGGGUAGUUCUAGUAAAUCAAAAGAUGUUAUAUCAUCUUAUACUAAGAAAUAUAGCCCUAAUAAUAAAAAUCAUAAACAUAGUAAAAAUAUUAUGAAUCAUAAAAAUAUGAUUUAUAGUGAUGAGUAUAUGAAUAAUAUGAAUGAAGACAAUGUAGACAAUGAAGAAAUUUGUGAGAAUCAUUUGUAUGAGGAAAAUAAUGAUAAUAAUAUGAAUGAUGAUAUGAAUGAAAAUAAUAUAAUAGAUGAAGAUGAAAAUGAAAAUACAAAUCUUGUAAAUAUAGACGAUGAAAAUAUUAAUGAUGAUAAUAAUAAUGAAAAUAAUGAUAAUAUUGAAGACAUGACUAAUGACAUGAAUAAUAAUUUAAGUCAUAAUAAUAUUAUUAGCAAUGAAAAUUCAUAUAAUAAUCAAAUAGAUAGUACAUUUCAUAAUAUGAAUAAUAAAAGAAAAGAUGAGGAACAUAUAAAUAAUGAUGAUGAAUAUAUUCAUAAAAGUAAAGAUAAGAAAAAAAGUGGAUCAUUAGUACAUAUAAAAAAUGAAAAUACAAAUAAAUUAGAUAAUAAUAAUAAUAAUAAUAAAAAUAAAAAAGAUAGUGUAAGUGCAAAUGGAUCUAAUAAGAAUAAUUGUAAUACAUCUAGUAGUAAUAAUCGUAGUAGACAUGUACCUAAUAAUAACGAAAUAAAUUAUGCAAAAAUGGCUGAAAAAUUACCUCAUGUUGUUGGGGUUAGAUUUGAUAAGUCACAAAAUAGAUGGCUAUCUGGUAUAUGUAUUAAUGGACGAUGUAUUAACAGAUAUUUCCCAGUAUAUAAAUUUGGAUUUGAAGAAGCUCGUAGGUUAGCCAUUCAACAUAGGAAAAAUUUUGAGACAGCUAAUGUAGGGCACUUAAAAAAACAACAGGGUGAGGCUAAAACGUCUCACUUGAAUUUGUUGAACCUUAAUUCGCAAAUACCCAAUGACUUUAAAGAUAUCCAAGGAAAAAAUAAACUUAUUUUCAAAUACCUUUCUUAUGACUCCAUUCAAAAAGAGUGGGUUGUAACAUACGAUUAUGACAACAAAGUUCUUGUUAAUAAAUUUCCUGUAGAUAUAUAUGGAUACAAUAAUGCCUACGAAAUGGCUGUCCAUUGUAUCAAUAAGCUUAAUAUAUGUAAUCAGGAAAAGUUGUGUAAAAAUAUUAAUAAACAAGAGCAUUCUAGAGGAUUACAAGGUGAUUUGUUGAAUAAUUUUAAUGAUAAUAAUAAUAAUAUUAACAAUAAUAAUAAUAUGAAUGAUAACAAUAAUGUACUUUAUAAUAAUAAUAAUAAUAAUAAUAUACUUGAUAAUAAUAAUAAUAAUAAUAUACUUGAUAAUAAUAAUAAUAAUAAUAAUAAUUCGAUUGAUAAUCACAAUUUGAAUUUAUAUAAUAAUUCCAGUGAACAUAAUAAUAUGUGUGAAGAUUUGAGUUCUUUUAAAAUACACAAAAACAAAAUAAGUAGGUUAAUUAAUUCAGCGCAAUCAAAUUUUUUAAUGAAUAAUCAAAAAUCAGAAUUGGCUUUGAACGACAUUCUUAAUAAUGAAAAUAUGAUGAAUAAUUUAAUUAAUGAAAAGCAAAAACUAAAUAUAAACCAUAAUAAUAUUAAUAAAAAAUUAGAAGAAUUAGAAAAUAUGAGAAAAGAAGAUACUAUGUUUUUAAAUGAUAGUUCUUCUUAUUUAAGUACCAACGAUAUAAAAGUAUUGAAUGGUAUUAAAAGAUUAAAAACAGAUAAUCCUCCUUUUAAUAAGCAGGAUGAGGAAUUUUUAUUAAAUUCUAGAAAUUUGAAUAAAUAUUCUAGUAUGCAAAACAAUAAUUCUUAUGAUAUUUUAAAUGAUUCAAAUUUUAAUAUAUUAGGAAAUGAAGGAAUGUUUUCUUUAAAUGAUAAAAAAGGUAUAAAUAAUAACGAUGUGUCAAAAAAUAGAAAUAUUACAAAUUCUAAUUAUUUUAAACCUUUCCAUGAUGAAGCAGAAAAUAAUAUAUAUCAAUUAUUGAAUGGAAAAUAUUUAACCAAUGAGGAUAAAAGUGUACAUAUCAAUCUUUUGAAUAGUGUAAUGAAGCAAAGUACUAUGAACAAAUUGUCAAAUGAAGACGAUCUUUUUGAAAAAAAAGAAAAAAAAAGAAAAUUAAAGAAUAAUAUGCUUGAACAAAAAGGAGAUGAUCAAUUUGUAAAUAUGAACAAAAGGAUCGAUACGAACUUAGUGAGUAAUAAUAAUAAUAUAAAUGCAUUUAACAACAAUAAUAAUAAUAAUAUUAGUAAUAAUAAUAUUAGUAGUAAUAAUAAUAUUAGUAAUAAUAAUAUUAGUAAUAAUAAUGUUAUCAAUAAUAAUAUUAGUAAUAAUAAUAAUAUUAGUAAUAAUAAUAAUAUUAGUAAUAAUAAUAAUAUUAGUAAUAAUAAUAUUAGCAAUAAUAAUAUUAGCAAUAAUAAUAUUAGUAAUAAUAAUAUUAUCAAUAAUAAUAUUAGCAACAAUAAUAUUAGCAAUAAUAAUAUUAGCAACAAUAAUAAUAAUGUAAUCCCUUUUGGUGAUGAACAUUUUGAUGCCUUGUCAUUCGAUGAGUAUCGCAAACGUAUUAAUAGUAAAAAGAGUAAUUAUUCAAAUAUAGGAGAAAAUGAAAAAUACAAGAAAUUAGCUAACGGAUUGUUAGAUAAUGGUGAAACACUAUCUAAAAAUUUAAAUGAAUUAAAAAUGUAUCAUUUGGCAGGAAAAAAAGAAAAAGAUAAUAAUAUGAACAGUAUGAAUAAUAUUUUAUAUAAUAAUAAUAAUAAUAAUAAUAAUAAUAUGAAAUAUUAUACACAUAAUGAACAUCAUAAAAAUGAAGAAUUAAAAAGGAAUCAACUUAAUGAAAAUGUGAAUCAUGAGAAUAUGUUAAAUUUGAAUCAAAUGAUAAGAAAUAUACUUAAUAAUAAUAGUGUAGAUAAUAAUGAAAAAAUAAUAAAAGGUAUAAAUAUCUUAAAAAAUAUGACUAUGAAUGAUAAAUUUAAUUUGAUUAAUUUUAAUAAUCAAUGCAUGAAUUAUUCGUAUAACAAUAUGAUCAAAAAGGAAAAUUAUGUUAAAAAUAUAUAUAAAAUUAUUAAUAAGGGUUCAGAGGAUUCUAUUAAUUAUGAUGAAUAUUUAACUGUCAAGUUAGAAGUUGAGGAUGGUGAAGAAAAAGAUCAAAAUGGGGAAAAAAAAAAACACAACACAUCAGAGUCAUAUAAUGAAGGGAAAAUGAAUAAAAAACAUAAAAAGAAAAAAAAAAUGAAGCAAAAUAAAAUAGAUGAAGAUAUUACUGUAAAUAAUGGAAUGAUAGGUGAAGGAAACAAUGACAAAAUUGAAGAUACUAAUAAAAAUGACCAUAUAUCAAAUAAUUCAGAAGUUACAAAUAAAGAUAUUAUAAAUGGUGAAAAAAAUUCAAAUGAUUCUGAAGAAAAGGAGAAGGAAGAAAAAGAAGAUUAUAAUGAAAAUAUAUAUAAUAAUAAUAUGAAUACAGAUAAUAAUACAUCAAACAGUAAUGAUGAUAAUGAACAAAUAAUUAAUAACGAAAAUGAUUAUAUAUUAAACAAAACAAAUAACGAAAUUAAUAAAGAAAUAAAUACAUCAUCUAUAAAUGAAUUUAAUGAUAUUGCUUUCCAAUUGUGUCCUUGGAAAAAAGGUAUUCAAUGGAAUUUGUUAAAAAAAAUGUGGACGUGUAAAUUAUGGGAUAAUAAAGGUAAUGAAAUUACAAAAAAUAUUCAUAUAAAAAAAAAAGAAGGUAUUGAUAUUGGAUAUAAAUAUUGUAUAAAAAUUCGAACAAAUUCUUUUAUAUUUUAUCUAUCAAAAGAAUUAAAUAAAUUUCCACAUAUUCCUGAAAUAUCAUACGAUUUACAAAAUCUUCAUUUUGUUGUAUCUUAUAAAGAUAAUGAAAAGAAAAUAUAUUCCUUUGAAGAUGGAAUUUAUAAAUCAUUUAUAGACUGUAUGGAAUAUCUAAAUAAACAAAAAAGAGAAUAUAAUGAAAAUAUUUAUGAUAUAUCCAAUUUUAUAAAAGAAAAAAAUAAUUUGGAAUUAGAUGAUAUAUAUAAAGAAUUAAAUUAUUUCGAAUAUAAUAGAAAUGUAUUAAGUAAUAUUUGUGAAGAAACAAAAAUUGCAUAUAGUAUAAAACCAUGGUUAAGAGGUAUUAUAUGGGAAGAUAAAUUGAAAAAAUGGAUAGUGUUUUUUAAAGAUAAAAAUGAAAACUUGAGAAUUAGCUUUUUUAGUACAUCAGAUUAUAACGAUGAUGUUAUUAUGUCUUAUAAUAAAGCUUGUGAAUAUUUUUCACAAGUUAAAGAAUCAAAUAAUUUUGAUUCCAAUUCAGAGGAAUUUGCUCAGUCCAUUAAAAAUGUUAUUAAAAAUAUUCAAUUUGAUAAAAUAAUAGAACAACAAAAUGACGCAAAUAAUAAUGAUCACAAGAAAGGAAAUUUGCAAGAAAAACAUGAUAUACAAACAAAUUAUUAUAAUAAGGUGACACAAGGAAAUGAAGGGGAAACAAAUAAUAAUAAUAAUAAUAAUAAUAAUAAUAAUGAAGGGGAAAAUAUGACCGACUCUCAAAUUGUCUUAAAUACAAAUGAAAUCCAUGUCCAUAAUGUACAUGCAUUAAAACGUCCUGAAGUCUUAUAUAAUAUUGGAGAAACACAAUCAAACCAUUUUUUAAAAGAUAAUAAUAUAUCGAAUGAGCACAAAAGUAUGGAAACAUUCUAUAAUGAAAACUCUUAUUAUAAUGAUGAUAUUGCUUUUCUAAAUUAUGCUGAUAGUAAUGAUAGUCUUAUGUCAAAAGGAAUGUCUCAAUAUUUAUCAUUAUCAUCAAAAAAAAAGAAGAAAAUAAGAACUACUGAAGAUAUAUAUAAAAGCGAAAAUGAUGUUUUAUCUUAUCAAAAUAAUGAAUUAUAUAGCAAUGUAAAAAAUGAAAACUAUGAUGAAAAUAUUUCAGAGAAUAAUAAAAAAUAUGGAAAAAGGAAAAUGGAAUUGAAUUUUUUAAGUCACAGUGAAAAUAAUAUAAGUAAUAAUACUUAUAAUAAUAAUGAUUAUACAAAUGAUGAUAAUCAUAGUACUAAGGUGUAUUCUUCUGAUUGUGAAAAGAAUACUAAUCAUAACAAAAAGACGGAACAUAAAUAUGAUCAAGAGAACAAUAAAUAUUUUUAUAAUAAAGAUAAAUUAUUAUUUGACCACGAAAAUGGUACAAUUCCAAGAAAUAUAAAGAAGGAAUCAAACAAUUUAAACAACGAAUAUAAUUUGGAUUAUUUAAAUUCUGAAGAUAUUAAAAAUAAUAAUCAUCACAAUCACAAUAAUAAUAAUAAUAAUAAUAAUAAUAAUAAUAUUAUUAUUAAUGGACCAUCAAGUGAUGGAGAAACAAUAAUUUUAUCACAGUAUCACAAAAAUGAUGAUGAUGAAGAUGAUGGAAAUAAUACAGAUAAUUCAAAAAUAUUAAGAAGUUUUGAUAAGUGUUCAAAUCAAAAUAGUGUAUGUAUAAAUAAAAGUAAUGAGAAACUUGAAAACAUUUUAGACGGAGGAGUAAAUAUGAGAUUACCAAAAAGUGAAAUUUUAAAUCAAGCUUCUAGAUUACCAAAAUUACAAGGUAUGUUUUUUGAUAAGAGAAGAAAUUAUUGGACUGUUAGUGUUUGCGGUUUCAGAAAAUCAUUUGGUGUUAGGACAAGAGGUGUAUAUCAAGCAUACAAAUUAGCAGCUGAAUUUCGUAAUCGUAUAUUAGAAAACAAUAAAGGUAAAUAUUAUCCUCAAAGAAGUACAAGUAUGUCUAGUAAUUAUAAAUAUAAUACAAAGAGUGGAUCCAUAAUUAUAAAAGAUGAAAAAGUGAAUUAUAGUAAUAUAUCUGAAAUGACAUCUGUAGAUGAAGAAUAUGAUCAGAAAAAAAAAAAGGCUUCGUUUUCUUCUAAUAAUAUUAAUAAUAUUGAUAAAGAAUUAUAUUCAUUAAAUGACAAAGAAAGUAAUAGUAGUGGAUUAUAUUAUUCUUUUAAUGUAAAAGGGAAAACCAGUUCAAAUAUAUAUGAUUAUUUUUUAGAUAAAAAAGAACAUGACUAUUUCGCAACUAAUAAUAGUAGUAGUAAUAAUAUAAAUAAUAAUAAUAAUGAUAUUAAUAAUAAUAAGAAAGAUCCAAAAGGCGUACCUAAUAAUUUAUGUUAUGAUGAUCAAUAUAAUAAUAUUGAAAAUGAAGAGGAAGAAGAGGAAAGGGAAAGGGAAGAAGCUGAAAGAUGGAAUAUGUCAGAUAAAGUGAAUAAUAAAAAUAAUGAUAAUAAAAUUCAAAUUGGUAAUAAUACUUUUGGACAAUUAAAAUAUGAUAGUGCUUUAGAAUCAAACCUUAUCAAUUUUAUAAACGAGGUAGGUUCAUCUGAUUUUUUGAAAGAUGCCAAAAUUAAUAAUAAUAAUAAUAAUAAUAAUAAUAAUCAUAUUGGUGGAAAUAAAAAGAAUCAACAUAUAAAUAAUAAUAUUAGCAAUAGUAAUACUUUAAAUAAUAGCUUAAAUGUUCAAAAUAUUUCUUCUAGUAAUAGUGCUAUAAGUAAUAAUGGAGUUAUAAAUAAUUAUUCACCUACACAUAUAUAUGAAGUAGACAAUCUCAAUAAUAGUCAAGAUUACUAUUUAAAAAAUGAUGAAAUAAAAAAUGAAUUAAAUAAAGUGGAGGAUCAUAAAAAUAAAAAGGAUAUUUCAAGCACAAAUAGUCUACUAAAACAUUUUAUGAAUGAUGAUAUAUUAAUAAAUAAUAAAGUAAAACACCAACCCUAUUUUGAUAGUCACAACAAUUAUAAUAAGUUAGGACACAAACAAGUGAAAACAUCUGCUUAUACGGAAAGUGCAAUUGGAUUAGGCUUUAGAAAAAAUGGAUAUAUUAAUGAUUGUGACUUAGUUAAUAAUAAUAAUAAUAAUAAUAAUGAUAAUAAUAAUAAUAAUAAUAAUAAUAAUAAUAACAUGAAUAUAAAGAACAAUGAUGUUAUAUUAAAUAAAUUGAUAUCUUCUAACCACGAUAGUAAAGAUAACAGUAAUAACAAUAUUAAGGAUAAAGAUAGAGAAGAUAGUAAUAAAAAUAUUUAUAAUAAUAAUAAUAAUGAUAAAUCUAUUGGUAGUUAUGCAAACAGUCUUGGUGUAAUAGACAAUCAAUGUGAGAAUAAUAAAGGAGCAGAUGAAAACACAAAAAAUUUUAAUAAUAAUAAAACAUUAAAUAAUUAUGAACCAGAAAAUAAGUCUUAUAAUUACAGUCCAGUGUUAGAUGAAACUUUAGAAGAAAGAGAUGUGAGAAUAAAUAGAGAGGUAAGCAAAUGUAAAUUUGUAGAUGGAUUAAUAUAUGAUGAAGCUAAUAAAUGUUUUCGAAUAAAAAUUAAUGGUUAUAGAAAAGCAUAUUCUGUUAUUAGAAGAGGAGUAAAAGAAGCUUAUAAAUUAAGUAUUGAAUCUAUAGAACAAAUUAAAAGACAAACACAAACUAAUAAUUUUAAUAAUAAUGAACAGUCACAAGUUAAUACAAAUAAUAUGACACAGAUAUAUAAUUCAAGUUCUGAAAAUUCAAGACAUGGAUCAUGUUAUAAUUAUCAACAUAAUCAUAAAAGUAAACUAGAGAAUUCGAAUGAUAAUCCUGAAGAAAAAUAUGACCACAUCAAUAAUAUGAGCAAUGUAGGACAUGAAAAUAAACAGAGCGCUGAAGAAAGUUUGUUUCCAAUGUUAAAUAUAGAUGAUAAAUAUUAUGAACUUCUUAAAACAUCCAUUAUUAUAUGUCUGAACGAUAUACUUAUGAAUUGUAUACCUCAAGUAUUUCACCUAUACAAAAAUAUCAAUACAUCAAAUGACAUAAAAUUAGAAGAUAUAUUAUACACUGAAAGGAAAAGAAAAGAACAGUCCUUAAAAUAUCAUAUUGAAUAUACACAAAAUUCUGUAGGUGUGUCAUCCCUUAUACCUUACUUGAAAUUAUUUAGUACCGAAAUUUUAAAUAACGUUUUACCAUCAGCACAAUCCUUGGAAAUACAAAGAUUAAUAAUUCAUUCGUUGGAUAUACAAACAUAUAAUACAUUAUAUUAA